AUGCAUCUAUUCUCCUCGCCCUUUUCAUCUCGAGGUACCCCGGCGAGCGUCACCUCCAGCCCGCCCAGUUCGCGCACGACCUCGCCGCCCUCGUCGCCCUCGUCGCCCUCGUCGCCCUCCCGCCGGGCGCCCUCCCACCUGUUCGACCUGGCCUUCCACCCCCACCCGCCGUCGCCCCCAUCACCGUCCCGCCGCCCAACUUCCAACCCCGAUGCCCACGCUCACCAUUCCACCCUCUCGACCACCACUAACCCGACUCCCACCCACUGCGUGAGCAUCCUCCCCUGUGCCGUCCUCCGCGGCCGCUCUUCACUCAUGGUUGUGCGCCGCCGUCCGUCCGCCAUCGACGUGGCCCUCACUGCAGAGCGUUGCCGUUGCACGGGGGACGCCAUUGAGCGGCAGGGCCUGGACUUGAUGGAGCCACGGCCGGUGGAUGCCGGGUCGGGCCCCGGGACUGCGGGGGCAGCACCAAGCGUGGAGGCGCGGCCGGUGCAGCAGCCGCGGUUUGUGAUGGGCGGGAUUUUCGAGGUGAUGGAGGGUCGGGCAUAG